GUCUUGAAAAGGUUUGUGCUGCGAAGCUCAUUUAGGAUUCAAAGCCCCUGGAGUUGCGAACUAAAACCGAGAACCAAUCGCUGUCGCCAUUUUGAAGAAGCCGGUAUUUCAAGAAUUGAUCUUCAGUAUUCUGUUAGAACGAGGUCUAUAAUGAAGAAUUUAUGAUUUUUUGGAAUGGCCAAGCCAACUGGGAGCUUAUUACAGAGAGUAAUAGAACCCCUCCUUGAAGAAAUAAUUAAGAAAGAAGUCUUACAAGUUGUGGUUUCACGAAAUGAUAAAGAUAUUCCCACAGAGACGAAGCGACGCGGCCGACUAAGACAGCCAUGAAGUCAGAAGAUUUCUGCCCAACUUUGUGGACUAAGAAAAAAAACACCCAUUUCAAUCAUACAUUGAGAUUCUUUUGACGAAGAGAUGAGAGUUCAGAUUCUCCUCCUAGUGAUGGCGGUUUGCAUUAAUGCGCGAUCCGCCCAAGGGUCCGCAUUUAACGCCUUGGAUGCGGAGAAAUUGAAGGUUCUUGACGAGAGCAACACGAUUGCGGGGCGGAACAUGUCAAAGCUUUUAAAGCUGGUCCUCGUAGACUACGACAAAAACAUUCGCCCGUUCUACGGAGUGAAGCCCAUCAAAGUGAUGGUGGACAUUCUCAUCUUGUCCUUUGGGGAGAUACAGGAGGCUGACAUGGUUUUUACCAUGGAUAUAUACCUCGGUCAGUUCUGGCAAGACCCGCGGUUUGCCUUUGGAUUGAACAAGACAGUGAGCUUAGGGGGUUUAUUCGUGGACCGAUUUUGGAUUCCGGACACCUUCUUUGUCAACUCGGUGGACACAGAGAUUCAUAAGAUGAUAUCACCGAACAAGAAAGUCUGGCUAAACCUGGACCAAGGGCACAUUAUGUUGAGCACAAGGUUGAAAUCUAGAGCAACGUGUAAAAUGGAUCUACGCAAAUACCCUAUGGAUCUCCAAACGUGCCAUCUUGCUCUAGAGAGCUUCUCGUUUGACGAAGAAGAUCUCAUGUACGAGUGGAAAAAACCUGUCGGAAGUGACGUGUUUAUAUACGACGCAGAAAUGGCGCAGUUCACUGUUGUUAACGUCAAACGCAAGCUGAAGCAUCCGCUCUAUCAUUCACGCCGCUUCUCUGGCAUGACUGUCACCUUCAAGUUCCAGCGUCGCACGAUGUACUACAUCUUCCAGAUGUAUAUCCCGUGUGUGUGCAUUGUGGCCCUGUCUUGGGUCAGCUUCUGGGUGGAUGCGGACGCAGUCCCCGCAAGAGUUGGCCUAAGCAUCACCACCGUACUCACCAUCUGCUACAUGCUCGGAUCCGUGAACUCCAACUUACCUCGGGUCUCUUAUCUCAAGGCGAUAGACUAUUUCCUGUUGUUGUCAUUUGGGUUUAUAUUCUUGACGCUUGUCGAGUAUGUGUUUGUCCUGAAGUACGCCAAGAGGAAGAGAUUUCAAGGGAGUUUUUGCCCGGAGAAGAAGUUUGAUCAUGAGGUCGAGGAGGAGUGGCCCGAGGACCACAAGAUGAUGCAGGUCCGGAUCCAGAUCGGCAAGACCGCUUACUCCUUCACCGACUCCAUCAGCACCCUUUCCUCUACAGGGACAAACAAGCCGGUAAAUGGGGACAUAAUUCGGACCACGCCCAAAAAGCCCAUCCGAACCUGCAACCACUCAAGGCCCAUGUUGCGAAAGGUUACGAAAAGUGGACGCAAAGACGCCGUAGUCGCCUUCUUCAAGAGACAUUUCCGUGGACAAGAAUGGGAGAAUUGGAUUGACAAGUGCUCAAGGCUCCUCUUCCCAUUCUUUUAUGGUGUCUUCUUGCUCGUGUAUUUUGUCUACUUCUUCUGUUUUUAGACUAUACGAGACGUUCAACUUAUUGAAAGAAGGGAUUCCAUACUUAAUGAUUCCAUUUAAUGAGUCUCCAUACUAAGGGAUUACAUGCUAAAGUAUUCCAUAUAAGAAGACUCCAUAAUAAGGGAUUACAUGCUAAAGCAUUACAUAUAAGAAAAUUCCAUACUAAGAGAUUACAUGCUAAAGUAUUCCAUAUAAGGAGAUUCCUUACUAAGGGAUUACAUGCUAAAGCAUUCCAUAUAAGGAGAUUCCAUACUAAGGGAUUACAUGCUAAAGUAUUCCAUAUAAGGUUAGAAUUUUAUUUGAUUAGGAAAAUUAAGAAUUUAAUUUAAUUUUUGAUUUCAUAACACUCUUUUAUUGACGCUUAUUUUUAUAUAAAUGAUUUUUCGGUCGAUAUUUGGUAUCUUUUUCUGAUUUCUUGAUAGCAGAUUAAGGGAAUGAUAAUGAGGUCACCCAUAAGUAAACAAUUUACGGCUCAAAAAUUAUGAAUCUAUCAUGCUAAGUUCAAACGUCGUAUUAUCCAUGAGCCGUAUUCAAUGCAAAUGCGUGCAAAUAAAUCAAGUUGAUUGUUUUAUCUUCAUUUGCAUUGAAUACAGCUCAUGGAUAAUACGACGUUUGAAUUCAACCUCAGUUUAUUUUUGUAUGAAUGAGUUUACAGGAUUUGUCAUUUUGACUAUUUGCAC